CGCCCCGCCCCUCUGCCUCCACGUGGUCGUCCGCAGGGCUCCGGCGGCUCUGGCGGCUAGGUCGGAAGGAGGCUCGGGUCCCGGGAUGGCGGGGACCCCGUCCGGCGGUGCUGCUCAGUUCUCUUGCCCCACCAACUUUACCGCGACGUCCCCAACCUCAGAGCCCACUCGUUUCUCUUUGGAGGCGCUAACAGACCCAAAUACGGAACUGUGGCUUAUCCAGGCCCCUGUAGACUUUGCCCCAGACUGCCUCAAUGGGCGGCUAGUGCCUCUCUCUGGCUCCCAGAUUGUGAAGGGCAAGUUGGCAGGCAAGCGUCAUCGCUACCGGGUCCUCAGAAGCAGUGGUCCCCAGGCUGGAGGAGCAAUCCUGCUGGCCCCGUCCGUGGCGGCAGGGGGGGGUCUCGCCUGUGCUCCAGCCCCCCAAGGCAGCCUAAGGAUCCUUGAGCGUUCCCAAGAACCCCCAUCAGGGACCCUGCUGCAGCCUAUUCCAACAAGCCCCCCGCCACAGAUCCCCUCUGACCUGAGGCCCCGGUUCUGUGCCUUUGGAGGCAGCCUACCAGUAACAGGGCCUGGGUCAGCCUUGGCCCUGAAGUCACCCACCUCAAAGAAGAAAAAGAAGAAGAGGCAAACACCAGAGGCCCCAGUUCCCCAGGAGGCAGUGAAUGGGCUCAGAGCCCCAGUGGUGGACACAGCUUUGGGGUCCCCGGAGAGGGAUGUGGCGAAGAGGAAGAAAAAGCAGGAGCCGCAAGAACUAGAGGCAAUGGAGCCGGCGACAGCAGAAUCCACGGCUGAGACGCUGGAACCUCUGGGCGCGCUGCUUCCGUCAUCCACCACCAGGAAGAGGAAAAAGAAGCCCAGAGAGGCAGACACAGCCGGACCAGAACAGCAGCUGCCGGAGCCAGGAGACAAGACGCUGGAGCUGGAACUCGCAGUCAGAACAGAGCCUCUGGAAGAGACAGUUCUGUCUCCCCCCAGGAAGAGGAAGAGGCACAAGGGCACAGAAGGGAGGGAGCCAGGGGAAAAGGUGCUGGAUGAGUCUCAGCUGAAGGCGGAGCCCCCAGAGGACGCCGUCUCGCUGCCAUCUUCGAAGAAGAAGAAGAAGAGAAAAGAAAAGGGGCCAGUCGAAGCGGAGCUGGGGACUGGCAAGGCUCUGGAGCUUCCAGGGGAGAUGAUGGAGCCUGAACAGCUACAUGAAGCGGAGCUUCAGGCUGAGGCAGCUCUAGUGCCUGCCAAAAAGAGGAGGAAGAAAGAAAAAUGCCAACAUGUGACUGUGGAGCCGGGGGCAGGGGUGGUGGAGCCUGAGUUGCAGGGUGACCUGGAGCCUCAGGUGGCUCUAGUAUCCCCCAAGAAGGAGAAAAAAGAACGGGGGCUCAGAGCAACCGAACUGAGGGCCGAGGGAAUGGACCCACAGGGUGAGAUGGUGGAGCUCAAGCUGCUGGAAGAGGGCGCACCCGAGGCAGGGACAGAUCCAGCAUCCACUAAAAAGAAGAAGAAGAAGAAGCGGGAUGGGGAAAGUGGGGUGCCAGAGACGGCACCCCAGGAGGGGAUGCCAGAGCCGUGGCAGAGUCCGGAGUCCGGAGAGGUGGCUCCCACAGGCCGGGAGAAGAAGCCGAAGAAGCCCCGGCCAGGUCCUGAGUAGCCACCUCUGGGGAAACUGAUGUCUGUGGUCAAGAAAAGCCAGAGGGGCGCGUGGGGGUCUCAGUCGGUUGAGCCUCCGACUCUUGAUUUCAGCUCAGGUCAUGAUCUCACAUUUCAUGAGAUCGAGUCCCG